AACAUGGAUAACGAGAUUGAUGUUCCUCCUUUCUUUCUCUGCCCCAUUUCGUUAGAAAUCAUGAAGGAUCCAGUGACAGUUUCCACAGGCAUAACCUACGAUAGAGAGAGCAUUGAGAAAUGGCUCUUUUCUGAGAAAAACAAGACAUGUCCUGUCACAAACCUACCUCUUCCUCUGCUCUCAGAUUGCACUGAUCUCACCCCAAAUCACACCCUUCGUAGAUUGAUUCAAGCAUGGUGUACAAUGAACUCUUCUCACGGCAUUCAAAGGAUUCCAACUCCCAAACCUCCAGUCAACAAAAACACCAUAGAAAAACUCCUCAAAGAUGCUUCUGACAAGCCUCAGUUGCAGAUCCAAUGCUUAAGAAGCCUCAAAUCCAUUGCUUCUGAGAGUGAAACAAAUAGACGCUGCAUCGAAUCCUCUGGUGCUGUUCAUUUCUUAGCAUCAUUGGUAAUCAACAACAUCAAAGAAUUAGAGUCUUGCCUAGAUGACGAUGAUGAUGUGUUUGACUUGAAAACAAGCGCAGGUGAUGAUGCUUUAUGCAUCCUCCAUAGUCUAAAUUUAUCAGAAACUGGGUUGAAGACCCUUUUAGGCUUCAAAGAUGGAGAAUUUAUGAACUCCUUAACAAGGGUCAUGCAAAGGGGAAUCUAUGACUCACAAGCUUAUGCAGUUUUAUUGAUGAAAUCUAUGUCUGAAGUGGCUAAUUCUGUUGACAUAGUUAAUCUAAGAAAUGAGUUGUUCAUUGCAUUAGUACAUGUCCUUAAAGACCAGAUUUCCCAUAAGGCAUCAAAAGCUACACUACAAACACUGAUUCAACUCAGUCCUUGGGGGAGAAACAGGAUCAAAGCAGUGGAAGCAGGAGCAAUUCCAGUUUUGAUUGAACUUCUUCUUGAUUGUAAGGAAAGAAAGCCUUGUGAGAUGAUGCUAGUGCUCUUGGAGACUUUGUGCCAGUGUGCAGAUGGAAGAGCUGAACUUUUGAGCCAUGGUGCAGGGUUAGCCAUUGUGUCAAAGAAGAUUCUGAGGGUUUCUACAAUGGCAAAUGAUAGGGCUGUGAAGAUUCUAUUGUCCAUAUCAAGGUUCUCUGCAACACCAAGUGUUGUUCAAGAAAUGCUGCAACUUGGUGUGGUGGCAAAACUUUGUUUGGUCCUUCAAGUUGAUAGUGGAAGCAAGGCCAAGGAGAAAGCAAGAGAGAUUCUCAAAUUGCAUGCUCGGUCUUGGAGGAAUUCUCCUUGCAUACCAAGCAAUUUGCUUGCUUCAUACCCAACAAGUGUAUGA